GGAAAGAAGAAGAAGAGGAUGAUGGAAACCAUGGGAAGGAGGAGAAGAAGCAGCAGCAGUAGCAGAAUCUCAACAUCUCUCUUCCUCCUCCUCCUCUUCUCCACCUCCAUCGCAUCUAUCUCCGCCGGCGGCGAUCACUGGCCAGGAUGGAUUCCUCUACAAUCAGGUUGCAGGGGGACGAUCGCCGAUUGCAUCGCCGGAGAGGAGUUCGAUCUAUCAUCAGAAUCUAGCCGGAGAAUCCUGGCGACUUCCAGCUAUAUCAGCUACGACGCGCUGAAGCGCGGAAGUGUGCCCUGUUCUCGCCGCGGGGCCUCUUAUUAUAAUUGCCGUCCUGGAGGGGAAGCCAAUCCCUAUUCUCGUGGAUGUUCGGCGAUUACUCGUUGCAGGGGUUAAGAACCCGUUCCCCCCUUUCUGAUUCUUCUUAUAAUCCAUUGAUUUGGGGUUUUUGUAUGGGAAUUUGGGAUUUCGAUGGUUCGAUCUUUGGAUUUGAGAUGUAAUUUCGUCUUCUUUUUUU